AUGUCUCCCUUGAUUUACAACGGCGUGCCUUCGCCAGUCUCGGAGGGCUCAGCAGAUGCUAAGUCCCUGCCAGCUACAAAGGAUGACCUGCUUAGUGAGCUGGCAAGUUCCAUUUCGUCCAAUGCUCAGAUUGUGAGCGCCUUUUUACAUGCCGAGGGCCAUAAUGCCCCGUCAUUUGAUCGCGAUGCUGCUUCAACUGUAAUUCCAGCCACCGCUCCCACUGAUGUCCAGAAAGCACGCGAAGCACUGCUAGAAGCAUCAAUGAAAAUCUUCCAGCUUGCAUCAGGACCUAGAGAGUAUCUACCAAAUUUGGCAGUGCAUUACCAAUAUCUGUCGUGUCUCCACUGGUUGAUUCAUUUCGGGAUCUUCUCACGGGUUCCCUCAACCGGAUCAAUUACUUAUGCCGAGCUGGCAGCUGAUGCCGGCGUCCCCGAGCGGACACUGAAGACUGUAGCACGUAUGAUCAUGACCAGUCAAGUAUUUUACGAGCCCCAGCCAGGAAGCAUUGCACACACGGCGACAUCAGCGCAGUUUGUGACCAACCAGAGUUUGAACGACUGGGCCCAGUUCAUGUGCGAGGCCUCCGUACCGGCCGCUCUGAGUCUGGUUGCCGCUACAGAGCGAUGGCCAACCAGCCAUUCGCGUACUGAGACGGCCUAUAAUGUCGCCGCCAACACUGACUUGCCAUUCUUUGAUCAUUUGGCCACUCUACCCGAGCGAACCCGACAAUUUGCCGGAUACAUGAAGAAUGUCACCAGCAGUGAAGGCACAAAGCUUGACCAUCUGCUCUCCGGCUUCAACUGGGCGGCACUUGGGUCAGCGAAGAUCGUCGAUGUCGGAGGCUCCACCGGAAAUGCAGGCAUGGCGCUAGCAAAUUCAUUCCCAGAGCUGCAAAUCACUGUGCAGGAUCUCCCCGAGAACGCUGCCGAAGGGGCCGCAACAUUGAAGCCUGAUCUGGCGUCGCGUGUUACUUUCCAAGCACACGAUUUCUUCCAGCCACAGCCAGUCAUCGGGGCUGACAUUUACUUGCUCCGCAUGAUCCUGCACGAUUGGGCUAUACCCGAGGCUGUCCGCAUCCUGCAGCAGCUGGUCCCGGCGAUGCGUCGGGGUUCGCGAAUCGUCAUCAUGGACUCGGUUUUGCCGCGUCCGGGAUCUAUAGCCUCGACUAAGGAGCGCCUUCUUCGCGUGCGCGAUUUGACCAUGCUUCAGGUGUUUAACAGUUGUGAGAGAGAUCUGGAUGAUUGGAUCCAUUUGUUGAGUCUUGCGGAUAAACGGCUGCGACUCGCGGAUGUGGCGCAGCCUCGCGGUAGUGUCAUGUCUCUUCUAACUGUUACCCUCGAUGAGUGA